GUUUAGAUGACAGGUCGUCCAUCCACUUCUUGAGCCCAUGGCGCAACCAACAUGGCUAGAGAGUGGGUUCAAGCUGACCAAGGAGGAAUCGGAAGACGAGGAGCAAUCUGACUUCGAGGAGGAGCCCGGGAUUGACCGUGAAGAAUUUGUGCGAGAUCGCAUGAACGAGAGCCCUCGAAGGCCAGAGCACGAGGCACUCCUCGCGGAGAUCGAUGCAUCCAUGAAGGCAGCAGCGUUGGCGUACGACCGAGCCGCACGUGAGGCUGCUGAAGCAGCGAUGCAGCGGAGGGCCAAGGAGCUGCGCCAGGAGCCCCUGGCGCGCCGCGCUCGCUGGCGUGACGAGGCGCCCGAGGGGAGCCUUUCGGGACUAUCCGAUUCGGAAGGCAGCGUGGCAGAGGUGUAUGAUGUGGAGCGGCCGCUGCGAGACAUGCUCCGCUUUGACCAGAACUGGCAACGAGAUGAGCCUGGCUUCAUUGGAAGACAGGCUCGGGAACUGCAAGAUGCAGUUGUCCAGCGACAGAUUACUUGCCCAGACUUUGCCUACCAAUUCCAGAUGAAGCUGGACUUGGCCCGGACAAAGUUCCAGCGCAUGGUCUUUUUUUACAUUCUGCAUGAGAUGUGCGCGAACAUGGCACAACGUUGCAAAGAACAAGAGCACUUGGAUGCACUGUUUGAGCAGAAUGUGAACUUGUUGAGCUCUUUCCUGACCUGCAUCCUUGCCAUCUUGGAUAGCUUCGAGCAGGUGACACUAGAGCGCCAGGAGCGAGACUUUUUCGCGACCUACAUCUUCUGGCCCAAGCGAAACUGUUCCAGAGCCUCCUUCUUUGCAGAGCUCAGUGACGACAAGGCCUACCAACAGGGCCUAGCGACUUGGAUCGAAAAGAUGCGCCGCUCCCCGAGCCUGGCGCAGGACGAGAGCCCAGAGGCUGCGCAUGGCCUGGCGCGAGCCGUGGAGAGCCCAGCGCCGGCCUUGAUUGAGGAGACGGUGGCGAAGGCGAAGUCGGUAAAGAUCAAGCCGACGCAAGCUCCAGGUGUGGCACCUCGCCCAUCAAAGAAACGGCUCAUCAAAGAGGAGCCACCUGAGGCACCAAAGAGACGCCUCGUCAAAGAGGAGGCAGAAGCAGAGGAGCAGACUCUGUUGCGGGUCAAGGUGGAGAAAUUUUGAGCGAUGAAGGGAGAGUUGAGGGAACUGUACUGUCCAAUGAUUGAAAGAUGUCAUUUCAUACCAAUAUUGUCAUCCAUUGUCAAAUUAUGAAGAGUCGAGUAUAUGAGACA